AUGAAAAUAUAAACUACACGUCUAAUAGUCUAAAGAUGGUUUGACAGUCGGUUAUUCAACUGAUACAAAUGUAGAUAAAGUCUUAACUGGUAUCAUAGCGCAAAGAAUUUAAUCAACAUGGAGUUAUCCACAAUGUAUCGUGUUUCGGGAAGUGAGAAAGUUCUUGAUAUGGAACGAGAUUUAAAGAAAGACUUAGCUGAUCUAAAAUCUGAGUUGGAAGAAAAUGAAAUGGUACAUGGAAUACCUGUUAAAACAAUCAGUUCUGUAGCGUUACCAAGGGAUGUGGAUUAUUUUAGACAAGAACGUAAACUAAUCAUAAAUAGAAUAUUUCAGGUCAGUGAAGCCCAACCGUUAAAAUGUCAAGCUGAUAUUAUGAAAGAAGAAUUAUUGUCAUGUGAAUCAUCUGAAUAUACAACAGAUAGUCUUCCUUUAUUACUUCACCAGCAUUUUACUGACAGAUUACAACAAUUAAUACAGUGUAAACAUCAACAUAUGUUACGAUGGAAAAGAUUCUGUGAACAUACCAGUACUAUAGAAUCACUCUAUCCGCUGUAUCAUCAAAGAUUAAACCAUAUUGUAACUGAAUACAAUGAUUGUCGAGAACGAGCCCAGAGAUUAUCAGUUGCACGAGAGGCGUAUUUAGCUGGUAAAGAUUUUGGUCUGUCAGCAAUUCAGACUGAUGAUAUGCUGAUUUAUCUAAGAUGGCUGGUGUGUCAUCUCCAUUCUCAAAAACGCAUUCAACAAUAUUUACGGAUAUUACAAUGGCUACACAUCACACAUAAAUUAGAAAUUUGUUCUCCGGAAAAAGAUGAUACAGAACAGGUGGAGACAACUCAUGCUGCUCGUAUUGCCUCACGAUACCAAGACGAUGUACUAGGCCUUAAUUCACGACCAGGAUCAGGAACAUCAAGACCAAGUUCUUCCAGAUCAUCUUUAAUUACACCACCUGUUCCAAUUCCUCCACCAAUCACAACAGCUCUACUAUCAACUAAUCCAUUACCUACGUCUUCUAUGCUAUAUGCAGCUGCUGCAGCAGGUGGUGGUUUAGCAUCUGAUGAACACAGCCUCAACUUACCUUUACAUGUAUCAGAUUUUGAAACACUUCGACCACAACUUGCUUUUCUUCUGAAUAUUUAUGGCAUUAACUUUGAUUUAGAGAGAAUUCACACUAAUGCAGAUGAGAUGGAAAUGUUUGCAGCUGUCAAUCGGAGAUUUAAAUAUAGUUUUAUUAAACAAGAAAAUAUGAAGAAUUUUAAAAUGUAUGACAAGUUGGAGAUAGGGCAAGAGAAUUGGGGAGCAGAUUCUCAACAUGUAUUUAAACAAGAUUCUAACUGGUUGCCAUUUUUAACAUUAAAACCUGAACAUGAUGCUCACCAAGAAAAACAGCUGACAUUGUUAAAACAAGCUGGUAAAAUAGACCCUCUACUUAAAGUACAGUUCCAUUUUCUAUUUGUUAAUGAUUUUGAAAAAGUUCAAAGGACUCUACGAUUCCAUGCAACGUCUGUACGAGAACCUCCCAAUAUUCAUCCAGCUUCUGUUACCACUCACAGAACCCCAUAUAAUACAAGUUCUGUAUGGAAGAAAAUAUACUCUAAUCCAGAAUUAUAUACACAGGGGGAUUGUGAUGAUGAAGACAUACCAGAAUUCGAUGAGAAGGAUGUUGAAGCUGUAAAUCUAAAUAACUCGAGAUUAAAAAAGAAGAUAAAAAGAAGUGAUAGUUAUGAUUAUAAAAACACUGUUCAAAUGUUAGGUCUGGAUGAUGGAGACGAUAACGAUGGUGAUACUACCUCAGCUCCUGGAGCUUUUCUUUCAUUUCUACAUCUUCGACAUUUACGUAUUCGAGAUCUUCAAAGAACUUGUUUAAGUGUAUUGAAUUAUUUUCGGUCAAUAGAGAGAACAUUGACUAUAAAUGAUGGUGGAUUGUCUCAUGAUGCUGGAACUUACCAGAAAACUAGUGCUCAAGGACAUCGUGUUAAAACUGAAUCUGAUGGAACACAGGGUGGUGGGGGUGGUAUCGGUUCUCAUGCUUAUUUACAUAAUACACCAGCUGACUACAAGGUAAAUGAAAGUGAGUUUAUAGAAUUUAGUGAAGUAGAGAAUCAUGAUGAUUUUUAUUGUAUAGAGGAAGGUCGAAUACAUGUGCAGGAUCAGAGAGGUUAUUAUAUCAUGUAUGAUGCUGCUCUUAAUGAUCUAGAAAAACUAGAGAAAUUAUUAUUGCUGAUUGCUACACAUUAUAUUGAUAAAGAUCGUGAUUUACGAUAUGUUUCCAAGAUGAAAGCAAAGGAAUCUGUUCGUCUAGGGGCGCAACAGUCAGUAGGUGAUUUUGAUAUACCAAGUUAUGCCCAUCAAGAAGUUGAUAGAUUUGGUGUAUUAUUAGAUCUAUGGAGUAAUGAAGCAGCUUAUUUAGAAAGCAAACGAGAACUGUUAGAUUGUUAUUUUGAAGCGUAUCAACAUGUGUUUGAUAGAGAUGAGAGAAGAUCAUUAGGCCAAGUUAUGACUGACGUAAUACAUAGACGACCAAGAUACGACUUCUCAGCACCUUACUUUAUCAAAUCUUAUCGUACAGAGUGUAUUAUUGUACGACAUACAGCUUCAUUAGUUAAAAAUAUACUGGAUAAACAGAUAGAAGAAGAACGAGAAUAUAAUCAACGUGUAUGUAGAGAUGGUGACGAUGAAUACGGUCUACCUUAUCGUAUUGUUCCUAAACAACCAAUAGCUGUCAAUCUUAGCAGGUCAUCUUUGAAGAAUGUUUAUAUGUUAGAGUUUCAUCCUAAACUAUCUAUGGCUUGUAGAAUACCUGAAGCUAUUAAAUAUGCUGUAACGGAAUUUCUGCGUAUACAAAUGCCAGAAAGUGUUACAGAAAAACUUUUAAUGGAGAAGAAAUUACUAGAAGUUUGUCAAAAUGAAUUUACUAAUCUAAGAAAUAUGGGGGCCUCCUAUGCACCACAAAUACAAAAAGACCUUUAUUCAGAUGUAUUUGCUGAGGAUCCAUUGUUUAUUUGUGAAAUUGCACAGAGUUUGGUUACUCAACAAGAGCAAGGGGGUCGAAGAUCAACUAAAGAGAAACAAAUGGCAAUAAUUAAUUCAUAUUGUCAAGUUAUGGAAACUAUUACAGUUCGUCAUCGACUAAUGGAUUCAGCAUGGGAAUCGGAAAUACUUGCCAAGGUUUACCGAAGUCAGGCAAAAGAAAUGGAGUUUGAGGACUAUCACAUGUUCCUGAGAUUUGUUCAGUUUGAAUUUGCCAUGUUUAAAGAAGAUGCAGGGAAGCCACCACCAAUAUUUAUAACUGCUCUACAAGAAGAUGAUACAUCUGUUGAUAGGUAUGUCCCAUCACACCUAUACCUAGCUAUACAUGAAUUAGAUGAAGGUCAUGUUGGUAGAUUUUCAUUUAGAAGUCGAGAUGGAUUCUUACAGAUUUUACGACCUGGUGGUGUAAAGAGUAUGCAGGUUAUAUUAAAAGCUCAAGUUGUACAUAAAAAUGCUUUAAUGGCAGGUGUACAACAGGCAGACAUAUGUCAUCCAUUGAAACAUACAGAAUUUAAAAGUAGUGGUAGAGCCAGCCCAACAGAAACUAAGAGCGAGAAGAGUUCUGUAACACAGAUGACGAGUAUGUCGACUGUUGUGCCUGGGGGUACACUCAGUUCCAAACAUCAGAUUGAAUCUGAGGGAAAGAAAAUAUGUCCGGAAGCUUUUAUAUCUAUACAGUGUGAAAAGGCUCCAAGUCGGGAUCUAAUGCUAAAUGAAUUUGUGAAUAAAAAACAACAAAUGGGAGUUCAAUUAAAAAAUCCUGAAGAACUUGAAAAACUGAAAAGGAGGUUGAUAUCAACAUUUUGUGAUCGAUUUAACCUGCGUGUAGCUCAGUAUUCAUUACGUGGUCAACUUAUACAAUAUUAUCAGAGUAUAUUAAAACUAUUGGAAGAAUUCCCAAAUAUACGAGACACUUAUUUUAUGAUUGGAGAAGUUAAUGAGAAGAAAACUCAUGUAGAUGACUUGGAGCCUGACCCUAGGGUCUUCAAAUCUCGUCCAAGGCAGUUGUUGUCAUCCAAUGGUUCAGCUGUUUUGAAUAUUUGGUUUAUUCCUCAUCAUUCGGAGGUUUUAUUGAUGUUUAAACAAUUAGAUGAUGAUUUGUGUACACGUGCAUUACGUCAUUCACUAGCUGUUGUAUCGUGUCUGCAUGAUAUGUUACAGUAUCUUUGUGCUCAUUCUCGUCUAGGUAGCUCACACGCUCGUCUAGGAUCACAUAAACUAGAGUUUGUGUCGGCUGAUUGGGGUGGUACAGAAGGGAUAGGAUGUGAAUUGCGUGAAAUACAGAAACAAAUAAACAAUUUACCAACACCAUCUGAUCCUCAAGCCGUUGCCGAAUUCUUGGCAUUACGUCGUGAUGUUAUGUUUUUAGAAUUUGACACGGCAGUAAGACAUUCUAUGGUUGAUACUUUCAUAUCUACUGGCAACAUUCCAGCAUUUGAGGCUACUACAAAUAAUACGCAUCACGCUUUACCAUCAUUAAGUAACGUGCAGAGGCCAAGCUUAUUUAACUCUCAACUUCCUGUUCCUGAACCACUUGAACCUCGUGACUCCAUGGCCCGAAUUCUUUUUCCAUGGAGAACUUUUCUUGGAAAGAAUGGUCCAUUCCCAGUAAUGUUUAGUCAGUGGGAUCAAAUCGGAUAUUAUAUACAACUUUGUUUAUCUGGUUUAAAAGAUGUAGAUAGACAUGUUGCAAAUGGUGAAAUACUGGGUGUCAGUUUAUUAAUGGAAGAUGUUUUACAACUGGGUAAUCAAGAUCAUUUAUUAAUCGAGGAGUCACCAGUAGAAGCUGAUAGUCAGCUAAAACCUGUAGAACCUCAUUUAUCUCGACAUGGUAGUCUAGCUUUAGGUAUAAGUCGUGCUAGUUCUAUUAGUGGAAAAGAUUCGGGUCUAUUUCUACCUAAGGCAAUCUUAAGAAAUCAACAGCCAAUGGAAGCAUACAAACUCCUCAAAACUUUUUUGAAACUAUGGAAAUGUCUUGAAGUGUUGAAAUAUGACUGGGGUAAAAGACGACUUAUUCGACCUGCUAUCAAUAAUACAAGUCUGUUUAAAGAUUAUAGUAAGUUAUAUCGUACAGAGUUAUUAAUACCUGUACUACAGACUAUAGCUAGAAGAUUAGGACAAUCUGAUAUAUAUGAUGGUUUAGCUUUACAUACAGAUAUAUUAGCUGUUCCUAAAGGAGCCUCAGAAGUAGAAGUUAAAGCUAAACAAAUGGUGCGAUUACUUGAAAAUCUUGAAUGUCACAUGAUCGGUGAAAUAAGGAAAAGGAUUGGUCGAGAAAUGUCUUUAGCAUUAGCUGAGAGAUGUCGGGAAGAAAGUAAUUUACCCACUGAUUUGUGGAAAAAACCUGUAAUGAAAGAAAGUUUUACAACCACACGACCAUAUAUAGCUGAACAUUUUGCUGAAGAGUUAAUGAACGAGUUUGAGGAGAGAGAUGGUACAAUCACAUUUAAAAAAGAUCAUUUUGAUAAAUGUUUGACGAAGCUCUAUAGAAAUGUUAUUACCAGAGAAAAACAGUGCUUUGAAAGUUAUAGUAUGUAUUAUGAGAAUUUACUACGAGUUCACCAUCAGCUGUUAUAUCAAAGAGAACAGGAAAUGAAACAAAUUAAGGAUCAAUUAAAGUCUGCUCAGAAUGGAACAAUUGUGGACAUACAAUGUCAGUUAGCAGAGGAGGCUCAUGAUCUAUUAAUGGAGGUAACUGCUUUACGUGCUAAAGUUGGUGAAAUGAGAGAAAUAAGUCUAUCACAGGAGAGAAAUAUACGAGAUAGAGUUAAAGAAGAAUAUGAUGAUUUAGUUCACAAUUUGUAUGAUUCACUUCUUAAAUUGAGAUCUAAAUAUGAUGAGUUUAGAAUUGAUUCAACAGCUCAUUUUCAUGAGUUAAUCAGUGAAACAAGAGGAGAUUCUAUUGCCAGAAUAGGAAAACUUAAAACAAAGUUUGGUGCUGAAAGCAAGGAAGAUACCCUCCAAGUUCACUUAAAAAGGGCUGAACAACUAAGAGAAUUACAGCAUGAAAAUCAUCUGUUAAAUUCUCUAGUAGUAAAGAUGAAAACUAUGACUUUAUGGAAACAGAAUCACAGUUCUAAUAAUUUUGUUAAAGCUGUAAAUCAAUUACGCAAGAACUCUGAGAAGAGUACACUCGAAUAUGUAGAAGUAAAGAUGUUAGCAGAAGAAGAAAUAGUUUUACUACGUCAACAACUUGUAUCUGUGAAAAAAGCCCUGGCAGCAACAGAGAAAGAAUGUAAUGAAGUUCGGCAAAAACUUGAUAGAGAGUUAAAGAUAAAAAGUGAACAAGCCCAUACAAAAAUGCAAAAACAACGAAGUAAACAUCAACUAGAGAAAGUCAGUCAAUCAAAUGUAGAAAAACUGAGAGAAGAAUUGAUAGAUAAAGAUAUGAGAUUAAAGUUACUUUAUGAAGAACAAGACAGAAACACUAGAAUGCAGCAACUUACCCAGGAGAAAACUCGAAAAGAUGUAAUGAAUAUAAAGAAACAACUUAUUAAUGAACGAAUGCUUAAGACAGAUGCUUUUCAAACAGUUGAUGAUUUACAGACACAGUUGUAUGAUUAUGAAACUGCAGUAUUGAGAAGAUCUCAUUCUGUUAUGGCUCUUCAUUCAGCUCAAACUGGUAAAUCUCGUUCAAGAGCUACAUCAGCUGGUCCUACUAGAAGCAUUGCCCCUAGUAGUAGAGGUACCAAUUCUACUGGAAUGUGGCCGCCAUCAAUAAUACCUCCCAACCGUAGUCUUACACCAAUGGCUGAUCAUGGCAGCAAUCUUAAUAAUCUGGAUAAAAAGAUACAGAGACCAAAGACUGUUGGAGGUAGAUUAAGAAGUCGUAUUGCUGAACAAUUACUAAAUGACCUUGAUCCAGAAACACAGAGGUCAAUAAUACAAUUAGAGGAAUUAAACUACAGUAGAAAAGAUAAAACAUUUUAAUUUUUAUAUAAAAUUUUAUUCUGUGAAUUCAUUCCAGCAUUAAGGGCUUCACUAUGCUACUUGUAUUAGGAGUUAAACUGACACCCUGCCAUGAAUAGUGAACUAUAAUGUAGAAUGGUUUGAGUAUUACUAUUCUUUAUUGCCUUAUUCUAGUGUAAUUUACCAAAUUUAUUAUAUAAUGAUCUCCAUAUUUGAUAUUGUCUCACAAAAAAAUUUACCAAAUGAUUAUUAUUACUAUAUUUAUUUAAAGGUAAUGAAGCAGAAAUAUUUUCUACAACUAGUUCUAUUUGUUAUAGUCUUGUUAUAUUUAAAAUUUACUAUUUUUAUGUUUAUGAAACUGUGAUACAUCAUUUCCUACAACUGUGAUAUUUAAAUAUGUGAUUUAUGCUGAUUUUAAUACUUUACAGACUACAUUAUUUAAUUCCAUUAUUUAUUUUAUAUUUAAAGAUAUCUUAUUAUAUGCCCACAUUUCAUGUUCGAGGAUUUUAUCAUCACCCAGUCUAUCAGUGCAUCUAAAUUCUUAAGAUCAGUGUUCCGGAGAUUUUUUUAUUCUUAUUUGCUAGGAUUGUUCGGCUGGUCCUAAGGAGUCGCAUGUCAAUUUUAGUCAUAGUUAUUGCCCCAGCCCCAUCUAGACUUCGUAAUGUUGCUAAUGGGCGUCAUUUGUUGCCCAGCAAUGCUAUGUUUUUUAUGUAUACUUUAAUCAUUAUUUAUGACAUAUGUAAAACAAACUAAUGUAUAUAUAUAUACGUAGGUACUUAAGGUAUUUUUAAUCCCUAGUAAACUACAUUAUUGUGAAAGUUGAAUCUCUUACAAGACUAUCAGUUCCAUUGAAAAAUGUUCACAAAGAUAUGAUGUAUUAAGAAUUUGAAAACAUUCAGCAUCCUUAGGCUAAUUACCUUAUCGAAACAACCAUAAUAGAUGAUAAAAUUCAGUGGUCUACAAUACCCCCUGCUAAUAAAAUUGUUGUAACUGCAAGAUCUAUUUUGGCAUGUGCCUGGUUGAUCAAGCAAGGAUAACAGAACAUUGGGUUCAGAGAAUGUUUUAAACUAAAACAUAAGGGAAUUUCUGCAGGUGGAAUGUUUAUUCAUAUAAAAAUUAGAUUUAACAAUAUAUCAUUUUAUGAUACAAUAAUAUAUCAUUUUAUGAUACAAUAAUAUAUCAUUUUAUGAUACAAUAAUA